UAUUUAUUUUUUUAAAUUUAAAAAUGGAAAUAGAUCUCGGCACUGGGUUUAUUGUAGACAAGGCAACAGUGGGGAGUGGUGGCCAUGUCUCUGGCUCUAACAAACUGCAACGUACUGAAUCCUUGCCGUAUAAAAUGAUGACGAUGCAGCAUAAUCUUUUGCUUCCUUCUUCUGGAGGGUCUCUGGAUAGAAAUGGCGCCGAGGAUGGGUAUGUUGUUGGUUCUGCAGGUGGUGGUGGUGUUGGUGGGAGGUCAGUGGCGACGACUCUGCAGUCUUUUAGCACUACAGCCUUCGAAUCCCCUGCAGGAGUUAUGGCGCCUUCUCUGAGGUUUCCUUUUACUUCACCACAGUGGCAGGAGCUUGAGCGACAGGCAUUGAUCUACAAGUACAUGAUGGCAUCUGCGCCUGUUCCUCCUAAUCUCCUUAUGUCCAUCUGCGGAAAUCUUUUGGACACCGUUGCUACUCCCCACUCUGCCCGUAAUCCUAAUGUCUUUGACUAUUUUCGUUGCCUUCAAUGUUCAGUUGAUCGGAGUUCUUCUUUCAAUCUACGAUUCUCGAACGGCAUGGAUCCUGAGCCAGGAAGGUGCCGCAGAACCGAUGGGAAGAAAUGGCGGUGCUCGAGAGAUGCGGCGUCUGAUCAGAAGUACUGUGAGAGACACUUGCACAGAGGCCGUCCCCGUUCAAGAAAGCCUGUGGAACUACAUCUACGAACCGACAUUAAGAAGAUUGAAGGCUAUAAUACGCGCUCGGCUCCAUUGACGCAUCCAGAGACUGCGUCUGCAAGUUUUUCCAACAUUAAAUCUAAUAAUACGACUACCACCCAUCAGCUUUCAGGGUUUUUAUCCCGGCCAGAUUUCAAGGCCUCCCCUUUUGAUAACCUUGUUCCUCUUCCAUCAUACAAGGAACCCAGGGGUAUGGACUGGAUGAUGAGAGGGGAACCGGUUCCCCUUACUGCGUCGAAUCAACAUUGGUCCCAACUGAUGCAAUCGAAAGCAAAUUCCGCUGAAUUCCGACGGCCUUACGAAGGCGAUCGGAGUUUGGACACUUGCUCGAAUUUUGGUGAUGGGGGAAGAUCGGAACCUCACCAUCUGAACGAUCGGUGCUUCCAAUUUCUGAACCCCGAAGUAACUUCCUUAGGUGAACCUUCAAGCCCGGAACAUCGACAAACGCCCAUGAGGUUCAUGGACGGGUGGUCGAGCCCAGCUAGGGAUAGCACAAGCAAAAAUGCAGGGAAUAAGUUGUCAAUUUGUUCGUACGGGAAGCUGCCUCCGUCUGCCCUUACAUUGUCGAUGUCCGGUGGUAAUGUCUCCAACGAAGAAGAAAGGGAACAGAUCCAAAUGGGUCUUGGAGUAAUCGCACCCUGGUCACCUUCACCACCCGGUGGCCCAUUAGCUGAAGUCCUGCGACCGAGCAUGGCAGGGUCAAAAUCGCAUGGCUGCUGUGGUGGUGGCAAGAGUAGCUCAUGUUGCUGCGGCGGGCUCAAUUUCAAUUUGAUGUCAGGUGCUUGGGGUACUAGUGGUGAUACCACGGGCAGUCCCAUAGCAACCACGGUUUCAUCUCCAUCAGAAGUGCUGCAACAGACCCUGACAUCGGUCUCAGAUAGUAGUGGUGGCAGCAAUCCCACGUUCAAGGCUGGCACUGUAAAAUCGGAGAUUGCGUUGCAGUGGCUGAACCAGGGUAAAUAGCCAUCCCAUCCCCUGCCCUGCUUCAGGGAAUGUAAUGUCUGUCUGCCUCCAUCGUUUUUAA